GUCUCCAACGCGACAAGAUGGAGCAGUCGCUGCGGGGGAGUCUAGCUAGGUUGGGUGUGUCUAAGGUCUCUUCCUCCUCCCCCUCCCUAUCCUACCUUGAUAACAUCAACCAGCUAAGAAGAGAUGAAGGUCAACACACUCUACGCACACGCCCCAGACCCCACAACCCCCAUCGCCGAACAAGCCGCCAACUUCGACGCCCUCUACCGCGCGGGACUAUUCACCUCUCUCGGGCUGUGCAACUACUCUCCCGCCCAGCUCACCGAGUGGCUCGCUAUUUCCCAGUCUCAGAGCCUCAUCGCCCCUACCGUCUACCAAGGCCAGUAUAACCUGCUGUGUCGGGGCUACGAGACGAGUCUCUUCCCCUUGCUACGCCAGCACAGAAUCCGCUUCGUGGCGAACUCGCCUCUCGCGGGGGGAUUUCUCACUGGGAAGUUGACCUUCGCGACGGGGGCGGCGCAGCUAGUGGGAACGCGGUUUGAGGUAGGCGAGGGGAAUCUGGUUGGGGGAUUGUUCCGCGCUUGGUAUGAUCGAGAGGUGUUUCAUGAGGCGGUUAGGAAAAUGAGGGAGGUGGUUGCUGCUGAGGGAUUGUUGGAUGGGGGAGGGGAGAAGCAGGUGAUGGCUUGCGUUGCGAUGCGGUGGGUGUUGUUUCAUUCGGGGCUGCGUGGGGAGUGUGGGGAUGCGGUUGCUGUUGGGCCUGGCUCGGUGGGACAGCUCGAGACGUAUUUGAAAGCUAGAGAGGAGGGACCGUUGUCGGGAGAGUUGGCCGGGGUGCUUGGGGGGUUGUUCGAGGGGGUCAAGGCUGAGGCGGAGGGGAUUAUCACGGUGGGAUGGUGGACUUGGUGAUGUAUUCGAUAGGGGUGGGAAUGGCUUCAUGGUUAGUUGACAAUGGGAUUAUGAUAUUCUAUUUUUAGGAUGUAGGGAUAUAUGGGUGGGACUGCAUCGCUGACUGCAUUAUUAUCUCCAUAUGUAUCUGUCUGGUCCAUAUUUGUAUAUCUACGUCUAUCCGACCUACAUCUGUACUGAUACCUAAACCCAUAAUUCUACCUAUGUCCAUGACAAUU